GCCAGCAGUCUCUACGCUGCUUUCCCGCGCGUUGUUUCUAGUAUUUGGAUUACCUCAAGCUUUAGAAUGAAUCACUGAGUUCUUAGCCCACUAGACUAGCUGGAGACGUGAAGACCAAUUCCCGGACGCCUUCUGUGAUGGAGGAGGAGGCCAGCAAGGUGGAAAUGACGGCCAGUCCCGUAUUUCAGGCUAAAUUGCAAUCCCUGAAGAAACUGAACUCUUCAUUCAUUGAGUUCAAUGAAGAAUUUAACAAACUGAAGCAGGCAUUCAAUGACUACAAGACAAAGAGUUUCUUCUUUCCACAUCCUGAGCUUACUAAGCCAUUUGCUCAGCAUUUGAAACAGAUUGAGAGUGAGCUGCAGGGUAUGGGUAACUUGCUGAAGAAGGAAGUUGGCAACAAAUUUGAGAGUAAAGUCAGCAGCCCAAAUGUUUCACUGAAUGCAGCUGACUUGCCUGAACUAACUGGACACACACCAGACCACUCAGAAAUCCCUGGGAAGGUGAGUGGGUCUGCAAGCAUCACUCCCCCAGCUUCAGAGGUUGGCAAUGAUGAGAUCUUGGCCACAUCUCUAGACACCACAGACAAUGACAGGAAGCGGAAAAGUAGAACCUCCACAGAGUUGCCGUCUCCCAAGAGUAAGAGGCUGCGGAGAACCUUGAUAGAUGACUACAUGACCAGGAAAGAUGGCAGCAAGAACUCAGGUGGUGACGAGCCACAAGAAGAGGAAGAGUUUGAAGUGCAGAGUAUAGUAGACAUGAGGAAAAGCCAGGGUAGCUACGCAUACCAUGUCACCUGGAAAGGUUAUGGCCCUGAGGACAACACCUGGGAACCUUCUUCUAACCUGACCAGCUGUGAGGAGCUUCUGGUGGAAUUCUUCAAAAGCAAGUUCAGGCAAAGGGACAAGGAAGAUCAGAAAUUAGAGGAUUUCUGUUUCCUUAUGCACUAUGACCCAAGCAUCAAAGGCGCCAUCCGACGAGCAGUGUUUGAACACUAUUGUGACGACAGUAGAAUAGAGUACCGCUCCGUACUGGCACAGAUCUUCUCAGUUAAAAACUCUGUGUCCAAGCCUCAAAUAGACAUGGAUGAACUCAUUGAGAGAGCUAUUAUUUCAAGGAAGAGAGAGAGAUACCAAAAGCAGCUGAAAAUGAUACUGGAAGAGAAGAUUUCAUAUGAUGUCAAGAAAAAACGAGAAGUGCAAUUAGCAGAGUUGAGGAAGUGGGAGAGGAAGAUCAACUCCAUCUGCUCUGACCCAGCCAAGCUGUGUGUGGAGAACAACAUUGACCUUGAAAUGCCUCCCAUGGACUUUGUGUACAUCAAUGAGUGCCGGGCUGGAGAAGGAGUCACCAUUCCAUCUGACCCAUUGGUUGGCUGUGAGUGUGAAGACUGCAGCAACAACAAAAGAUGUUGUGCUACACAGAUGGGAUCAUGGGCUCCUUACAACAAAGCUGGUAGAGUCAAGGUCUCUCUUGGCACUGCCAUUUAUGAGUGCAACAAGCGUUGCUUGUGUGGCCCUAACUGCUCAAACAGAGUAGUGCAGAAAGGCCGCACCAUCAGCCUCUGUAUUUUCCGCACUGCCAAUGGCCGUGGCUGGGGAGUGAAGGCGAUGGAAAACAUAAAGAAAGAUUCCUUAGUGACAGAAUAUGUUGGAGAGGUUAUAACUUCAGAAGAGGCAGAAAGAAGAGGAAGGAUUUAUGAUGCUCAGAGGUGCACAUAUCUAUUUGACCUGGACUAUAACAAGGGUGACCAGAAUCCAUACACUGUUGAUGCUGCCAAGUUUGGUAAUGUCUCCCACUUCAUCAACCACUCAUGUGAUCCCAAUCUGGUUGUAUAUAAUGUUUGGGUGGACUGCCUCGAUCCAGACAUGCCAAGAUUAGCCUUGUUUGCCACUCAGGAUAUCAAGAAAGGUGAAGAACUCACCUUUGACUACAACUCGGGACUGGAAUCUGAAUCAAACGUGAAGAAAGAGCAUAAAGAGGAAAGCUUUACAACACCAGAGAAAGGCAAGGAGGAACAGGAUGUUCCAGAACUGUUUAUGAAGACCCCCAAGGGUAACAGAGGACUCCAGUAUGGCAAAACUCUCUGCAGAUGUGGAGCUGCUAAUUGCAGGCAGUACUUCUUUUAGUUUUUAAGGUGUGUGUGUGUGUGUGUGUGUGCAUGUACAUAUGUGGGUGUGUCAUGAGCUAGAAGUGUUGUAUAUAUUUUUAUCCAGUACUGUUUUGAAAAAAUUUCUCACUCAAAUUCAGUAUUGCUUUUUUCAUUAAUAGAUUCUUUAUAAGUUUAUUACAUUUAAGAAAUAUAUUUCAUUUAAUCAACAUUCAUUCAAAUUCUGACGUAUUUAUUUAUUGGAAGUACUCUUAGCAAGGACUUUGAUAGUUUAGUUUAAUUGAUUUGCUGUUACUUCCUCAGGGAAUGGCCUUGAGUGGGGUGAGCAUGAGAACAUUAGUGUGCUUUCUUUAAGUAAUUUUAUACUUAUAUUUGAAAGGAAAUAGCUGUAGGAUCUCUCUAGUGUUCUAUGGUCUGUGGGCAAAUUAUUCCAUAGAGUACGUACAAGUAGAGGACAUUAUAUUGUCACCUUUGAUAUUUCAAAAAGUAAAUAAGAAAUAUUUAGAUGCAGAAAUGAAAUAUAGGAGCAACAAAGGUAUUAUACUAAACACAUAUCAAUAAAUGGGGAUAUUGGUUAAUUAUAAAUAGGAUAAAAAGAUAUAAUAAUAAAGAUGGCAAAAUUAUAGUUAAAGCUUCACAGCUGAGCCUUUCUUGUUUUGUGCAGAUGUUUAGCAAUGCCAGCAGUGGAGUAGUGAGGCUUUGGUUUGUUCUGUACUGAGCACCAGCAUGACUACUUUUUUUGCAUAUAUCAUUCAUACUCCUAACAUGCAUGUAGAUGUAAUAUACAUGCAAAUAUUUUUAACACAUUCUCUCUCUCUCUCUCUCUCUCUCUCUCUCUCUCUCUCUCUCUCUCUCUCUCUCUCUCUCUCUCUCUCUCUCUCUCUCUCUCUCUCUCUCUCUCUCUCUCUGUUGAAAUGUCGCUGGACAGCACAAGGGUAUCCAGUGGUACAGGGGAAAGUGAACAUGAAAGAUGAUUAUUAGGCUGUAUUACUGAAAUAGGACUUUGAUAGUGCUAUUGGUAAACUAAACACUUAGCAAUAUGUUUAUUGAUGCUGACAGUGCAUUCAAACAGCUCUCACUGUUUCUGCAUGAGUUGAGAUCAUGCAAAAUUACUCAUAGUUUGGUUUUGAUUACUGCUAACAGGUUUGUUAUUCAGACUUACAUGAAUUAUAAUUUACUCUCCUUAAAAUUAUAUCUUUGUCUAAGAUAUUUUUAGUCUAGAUUUUUUUUCCAUUUUCAUUAAUGAUUUAUAAAUUGCCCAAUAUUUUAAGGUGAUUCAGUAUGGUAAUUCAUUGCAUUCUUGCUCUUUAUUGUUUUCAUAUAUUCAUCUGACCCCCACCAAAGCUAUGGUAUUACGUAGUCAAGUAUCAUGUACUCUUCUGAGUAGCAUCUAAUGUAGAACAAAAAAAAAUUUUGAAAGAAUUUUUAAAUGUAAUAAGUAUAUUGUAUUCCCAUGGAAAUCCAUCUCCUUAACUGAAAUGAGAUUAUAUUCCUUUGCUACUUGAAGGCUGCAAAGGACUCAAGGACACAGUGCAUGAUAGCAUUGUGAGAUCUCCAGACAGUGAUGUCGUGUGUCUGUGAUACACAGCGAAAUGAAAGCAUGACGCUGUGUGCUGUGCAAUGAGCCAAUUGUAAACUGAUAGUGCCAAUUCAUUUAGAUCAUUGGUUCUGUGGUGUAUUGUAUUUGAUCAUUAUUCCAAUGCCUGGUGUGAAGGUACAAAUGUAUACAUCACUGGGUGAGUUAUAGUUUGUAACCUAGGUAGUGCAUAAACUUAGCUUAGUGUCUGCAAGAACUGUUAUAGUACAACUGUUUGUUAUUAUCUUACAAAAUGUCAUGGCUGGAGUGAAUAGAUACCUGCAAGUAGUGUUUCAUACUGUGCAGCAAGAAAAAGGGUAUUUUUGUUCCUCGGUGUCAUUGCAGUGAGAUGCUUUCCUGUAGAAAGAGUGCAUCUGUACACCAGUUGUCGUAUUUGAAGCGAAUGUAAGGAUGGCAUUCCAUCCAUAGAUUAAAUAUACUUUUAUUAUGAAGCUGUUGUA